AUGGACACUUCAAAUGGAAGGAAACUAUUUCUAGUCUUAAUUGUAGCCAUAAGUCAGUGGUUUCAGUUAGUAAAUGGAUUGAAGUGUUACUGCAACAGUGACAGUUCAAGUUGCAGACCAAACUCAACAUGUAUCACCGAUGGCUUUUGUUACGCUUCCACUAUGAUCGACCAUGGGGUUCAGAAAUAUACCUAUCAAUGUUGGCACCAAGACACGAUAUUCCCUCCUGGAGAUAGACCCAUAUGGUGUCGCGAGGAUGAGUCCCCCGAUAUAUUUUGCUGCUCCACGGACUUCUGUAAUAGUCAAUUCUUUCCAGCAACAGAUACGUCAGCGACAGCAUGGCAAGUGAUACCAUGGGUCAUGGGGCUGAUGGUCCUUGGGGUCUGCGCUGCGAUAAGCGUGUGGCUGAUCAAGAGGCCAGGCCGCAAAGAACACUCGCUACCCCUGUAUACGUCAGAGGACACGUUUUGCGAGAGCCGUCAUCCGAUGAUCAAGAUUCGAGAUAUGAUCGAUCUUACCACGUCUGGUUCUGGUUCAGGCCUACCGCUGCUGGUCCAGCGUUCGAUUGCAAGGCAGAUCCAGUUGAUGGAUAUAAUAGGCAAAGGUCGUUUCGGCGAAGUGUGGCGCGGCCGUUGGCGUGGUGAAAACGUGGCUGUCAAGAUUUUCUCGUCACGCGAGGAGUGCUCCUGGUUCCGUGAAGCAGAGAUCUACCAAACUGUUAUGUUACGACACGAGAACAUCCUCGGAUUCAUCGCAGCUGAUAACAAAGAUAAUGGAACGUGGACUCAACUCUGGUUGAUCACAGAUUACCACGAGAACGGUUCGCUCUUCGACUUCCUAACAGCCCGCACUAUCGACUCUAAUACGUUGAUCACAAUGGCUCUUUCUAUUGCGACUGGUCUUGCCCAUUUGCAUAUGGACAUCGUUGGCACUAAGGGUAAGCCGGCGAUCGCGCACCGCGAUCUCAAAUCGAAAAAUAUUCUUGUGAAGAGCAAUUUGACAUGCGUGAUCGGCGAUCUAGGUUUAGCCGUUCGGCAUAAUGUGGCCAGUGAUUCUGUGGACGUACCAUCGACCAACCGUGUCGGCACCAAACGAUACAUGGCUCCUGAGGUACUAGACGAAACAAUGGAUUCUCGGCAGUUUGACCCGUACAAGCGUUCCGAUGUUUAUUCCUUUGGUCUGGUUCUUUGGGAAAUGGCGCGGCGGUGUGGUAAUAUGCCAGAGGAAUACCAGCCGCCGUACUACGACUGUGUAUCUCCUGAUCCGGCUCUUGAAGAUAUGCGACGUGUUGUAUGCAUUGAGAAGCGGCGACCAAACGUCCCAAAUAGAUGGCACUCCGAUCCGGUCUUAUCGGCAAUAUCGAAAGUGAUGAAGGAAUGCUGGUAUCAGAAUCCGGCCGCUCGCCUCACAGCGCUACGGAUAAAGAAAACUCUCGCGAACAUCAGCACCGCAGACCAGAUCAAACUGUAA